CCAUGCGCUGAGGUCGUCAGCAAAAGAUCACUUUUGAGCAGAGCAGCAACCACGCCCAGUCCCCGUCCAAGAGCAGAGCAGAGGCCAGCACAUGCGACGCGAUCCCCGCCGUCUCCUCCGCGUCCGCUCAGCUAGCCGCCCACGCACCCGGACCAGCCGUGCCGGUAUAAAUUCCCCACCCCUCUCGCCGCCAUCUUCCCCCACCUCAAAUCAAUCAAUCCCAAGCUCCAGCUCCAAGCGCAACAACGCACAGCUAGCCUACUGCUUCCGUCUUCCUCCAUAGCAAGACCAGAGCAGAGGAGAGCCAUGGCCAAGGUGCACCCCAACGGCGCCGUCGCGCCAGAGCCAACAAUAAGCAGCGGAGCGGCAGCCGAGGAACAACCGCCGGCGGUGCUGACGGUGUGGCGCAAGUCGCUGCUCUUCAACUGCGACGGCUUCACCGUCUUCGACGCCAAGGGCGACCUCGCCUUCCGCGUCGACUGCUAUGGCUCCAGCCGCCGCCGCGCCGAGGUCGUCCUCAUGGACGUCGCGGGGAAGCCGCUCCUCACCGUCCGCCGCAAGAGGCUCAGCCUCCUCGGGGAGCACUGGGUCAUCUACGACGGCGACGCCGCGGAACACAAAUCAUCCAAGCCGCUCCUCUCCGUCCGACGCCACGUCAGCCUCCGCGCCUCCAGCAAGACGCUGGCGCACGUCACGCCCGUGGCCUCCAGCACCUCGGCGUUCGUGGUGGAGGGCUCCUACGGGCGGCGUGCCUGCGCCGUGCGCGACUCGCGCGGGGACGCGGUGGCGGAGGUCCGCCGGAAGGAGUCGGUGGGCGACGACGUGUUCCGGCUGGUGGCGAACCCGCGCCUGGGCGCGCCGCUGGCCGUGGGGCUCGUCAUCGCCCUCGACGAGAUGUUCGCCAGCGGCCGUGGCUCGCCGCGGUCACUGCUGCGCAGGACAUGGUCGGCGUAGCUAGCUAGAAACGCCGAAGCCAAGGGUAGGCCAGGGCCACUUCUCCACCUGACGCAAUAUGUACAGACCCGAUCGAUUGUUAGCGGCAUGCAGCAGAGUUUUAGCGUGCUGGCUGCUACUGCAGAGGGCCUAUAGCCUAUAGCUAGUGUGCGCAUCACAUCCAUUCAUCGGCACAAGUGUUGCUCUUUCCAAACAAUGUGCAAAAUUGAUGCAAUGAAACAUGCGAAUCGGUUAACUAGUUUUGUUUUUGCAAAA